AUGGAUGAUGCGGAUACAAGGCGUGUAUUAGCAGGAGACUUUUUGCUCUCUCGGGCUUGUGUUGCUCUAGCUGCUCUUAAAAACAUAGAGGUUGUAUCGUUACUUGCAACAGUUGUAGAACAUCUUGUUACCGGUGAAACCAUGCAAAUGACUAGCACAACCGAUCAGCGUCAUAGUAUGGACUAUUACAUGCAGGAGACGUAUUAUAAGACGGCAUCACUAAUCUCAAAUAGCUGCAAAGCAAUUGCAUUACUCGCUGGACAAUCAGCAGAAGUUUCAAUGUUAGCUUUUGAAUACGGAAAGAAUCUGGGUUUGGCAUUCCAAUUGAUAGACGACGUUCUUGAUUUCACUGGCACAUCUGCGUCUCUAGGAAAGGGAUCCUAA